CAUAACCUCUCACCAUCUCUCUAGACCUCACUAUCAAAUAAACAAUAUUGUGAUCACCAAAAUGAGUUUUUUGUCUCUCCUCCCACUUCUUUUCAUUAUCUUCCUCUUUAUAAUUAAGUUAUCACUAGCUGCAAGUACAAUGUACAAUGUCCAAAAAUAUGGAGCCAAAUCCAAUGGCAAAACAGAUUCAUCCAAGGCCUUUUUAAGUGCAUGGGCUGCAGCUUGUGCUUCUACUAGCCCGGCCACUAUAUACGUGCCACCGGGUAAAUAUUUGGUUCGUAGCGCGUAUUUUUAUGGCCAAACAUGCAAGAGUAAGGCUAUUACUAUACGUAUUGAUGGAACAGUCUUAGCUCCUUCUGAUUAUAAUGUCAAUGGGAAUGCUGGAAACUGGAUUAAAUUUGAAAGAGUUAGUGGAGUUUCCAUCUAUGGUGGAACACUAGAUGGACAAGGCUCUUCUCUGUGGGCUUGCAAAAACUCAGGCAAGAGUUGCCCUAAAGGAUCUACGGCAUUGGCUUUUUACAACUCAAACAACAUUGUUAUAAGCGGAUUGACUUCACAAAACAGCCAAAUGUUCCACAUUUUGUUAGACGGGUGCCAUAACGCCAAGUUACAAGGAGUGAAAGUUUCAGCUCCAGUAAACAGCCCCAACACCGAUGGCAUUCAUUUACAGUCAUCUUCCAGCAUUACCAUAUUGAAUUCCCACAUCGGCACGGGCGAUGAUUGUGUGUCAAUUGGCCCUGGCAACAACAACUUGUGGAUCGAAAACAUCGCCUGCGGCCCUGGCCACGGAAUAAGCAUUGGUAGUUUAGGUUGGGAUUUGCAAGAGCGUGGAGUUCAAAACGUGACAGUUAAAACUGCUACAUUUACUGGGACAGAGAAUGGUGUUAGGGUGAAAACUUGGGCAAGGCGUAGCAAUGGAUUUGUUAAGGAUGUUCUUUUUCAACACGCUGUAAUGAACAAUGUCCAAAAUCCAAUUAUCAUCAACCAAAAUUACUGUCCGAGUCAUGAAAAUUGCCCUGAACAGGGUUCAAGUGUUAAGAUUAGUAGCAUAACGUAUCAAGAUAUACAUGGAACUUCGGCAACAGAAGUUGCAGUCAAAUUUGAUUGUAGCAAAAAAUACCCAUGCAGUGGUAUAAAAAUGCAAGAUGUGAAUCUUAGUUACAAACAUCAUUCAGCUGAAGCUUCUUGUGUUAAUGCUGGAGGAAGAGCUUCUGGUCUUCAAAAACCUAAUAGUUGCUUAUAAGUUAUGAGCAAAAACAGAACAAAAAACUUCCUACAUGUAUUGAUUUUUUUGCUUUCAGACGAGAAAAAAGAUAGAAUUAAUUUGAUCUGAAAAUGAUUAGAUCUUGCUUGAGCCUGUGGCUGCAAAUUGUUAGCAUUAUUGGACCAGUGCCUGGCCUUGCGAGCUUCACUAUAUUAUCCUAUGCUUGCGUUUAGAAUAAAUAAAUUGUUUCUUACAUAAUAACGCAUGAGUAAAUAAUUGAAGUUAUGACUUGAGUUUUGAUAACAUCUUAAGCAUGUGAUGUAGGUUGACGAGAGACAUGAAGGAUUUAGUUAAAGGUGAUAUUAACUCUUCAAUGAAAAGAUCAA